AUGGUCAGCGAUUCCCGAGGAGCCCCUACUCCCAUCUGGGAGCUUAUUCUCGAGCAGUUCAAGGAUCAGCUUGUUCUGAUUCUUCUCGGUUCGGCCGCCGUCUCUUUGGACUGGCCCUCUUUGAACAAGAAGAGGGCUGGAAUCCUUACCAUUCUUAUCCUCAAUGCCGUUGUCGGAGUUUCCCAGGAAAGCAGCGCGGAGAAGGCUAUUGCUGCCCUUCAAGAAUACUCGGCCAACGAAGCGAAUGUCAUCAGGAAUGGUGGCCACGUUUCUCGCGUCAAGGCCGAGGAACUUGUCCCCGGUGAUAUUAUCAGUAUCCACGUUGGCGACCGUAUCCCUGCUGAUUGCCCGAGAGUGGGCAAGGACGACACCAUCGUCGUCAGUGAUACCAAGGCUGUGCUUCAGGAUCAGGUCAACAUGCUAUUCUCUGGAACUACCGUGGUUACCGGCCGCGCCAAAGCGGUCGUCGUCUUGACCGGGUCUUCUACAGCCAUUGGCGGCAUCCAGGAGAGCAUCACUGCCCAGAUCUCGGAGCCCACGCCCUUGAAGCAGAAGUUGAACGAUUUUGGCGACAGCCUCGCCAAAGUCAUCACCGUAAUCUGCGUCUUGGUCUGGCUUAUCAACAUUCCCCAUUUCAGCGACCCCUCCCACGGUAACUGGACCAAGGGUGCCAUCUACUAUCUCAAGAUCGCCGUUUCUCUUGGUGUCGCUGCUAUUCCCGAAGGCCUUGCUGUUGUUAUCACCACCUGUCUCGCGCUCGGAACUCGCAAGAUGGCUGCCAAGAACGCCGUCACCGGCACUCUGACCACCAACCAGAUGAGCGUUAACAAGGUUGUCUACAUUGAUGAAUCAGGCGCCGGCUUCCAGGAGCUCGACGUGGAGGGCUCCACCUUUGCCCCUCGCGGCGAUGUCAAGAUCAAUGGUAAAGUUACCCAGGAUGUCAUCCAAACCUCGAGCACGGUUCGUCAGAUUGCCGAAGUUGCGGCGCUUUGUAACGAUUCCCACCUUGCCUAUGAUAGCCGCACUGGAAACUACAGCUUGAUCGGCGAACCCACUGAGGGCGCAUUGCGCGAUGCCGGUCACUACGCUAGCUCCUGGCACGAGAAGCAAUAUCCCCGCCUCGCCACUUAUGAAUUCUCUCGCGAUCGAAAGAGCAUGUCGGUUUUGGUUCACGACCACAACAAGAAGAAACUCCUCGUCAAGGGCGCCCCCGAAACCAUUAUUGAACGGUGCUCGCACGUCUUGGUGGGGUCUCAGGGCAAGAAGAUCUCGCUCAACAAGAAGCUCACCGAUAUGCUCCUGACUGAAGUGGUUGAAUAUGGUAACCGUGGCCUCCGCGUCAUCGCUUUGGCCAGUGUUGACGAUAUUGUUGCUGGCUCGAUUACCAAGUGUCGCGAUGCUGGCAUUCGUGUCAUUGUUAUCACCGGCGACAACCGAAACACCGCCGAAAGCAUCUGCCGAAAGAUUGGAGUCUUCGGCUGCCAAGACUGCCUCUCUCUUUCGCGUGUUGAACCUGGUCACAAGUCUAAGCUGGUCGACCUCCUUCAAUCGCUCGGCGAAGUUGUGGCCAUGACUGGUGAUGGUGUUAAUGAUGCUCCUGCCUUGAAGAAGGCGGACAUUGGUAUCGCCAUGGGCUCUGGUACCGACGUUUCGAAGCUCGCCGCCGACAUGGUUCUUGCCGAUGACAACUUUGCCACGAUCGAGGUCGCCAUCGAAGAGGGUCGUUCCAUCUACAACAACACGCAGCAAUUCAUUCGCUACCUCAUCUCUUCCAAUAUCGGAGAGGUCGUUUCCAUCUUCCUGACUGCCGCCCUAGGCAUGCCCGAGGCUUUGAUUCCUGUCCAGCUCCUGUGGGUGAACCUUGUCACCGACGGUCUCCCGGCUACCGCUCUCUCGUUCAACCCUCCCGACCAUGAUAUCAUGCGCCGUCGACCCAGGCGUCGUGACGAGGCUCUUAUCGGCGGCUGGCUUUUCUUCCGUUACCUUAUUAUUGGAACCUAUGUCGGUCUCGCUACCGUGGCUGGCUACGCUUGGUGGUUCAUGUACAACGAAGCUGGGCCUCAGAUCACAUUUUCGCAACUGUCUCGAUUCCACCGCUGCUCAACCGAGUUCCCUGAGAUCGGCUGCCAAAUGUUCACCAAUGAUAUGGCCAAGUCUGCCUCGACCGUGUCUCUCUCUAUCCUUGUUGUCAUCGAGAUGUUCAACGCUAUGAAUGCGCUGUCAUCUAGCGAAUCUCUCUUGACCCUUCCUCUCUGGGAGAACAUGAUGCUAGUCUAUGCCAUUGUCCUUUCCAUGGCUUUGCACUUUGCCCUUCUCUACACUCCCGGACUCCAGACCCUCUUCUCCAUCCUACCUCUCGAUCUCAAUGAAUGGAACGCUGUCGUACUCAUCAGUGCUCCCGUCAUUCUGAUUGACGAGGUUCUCAAGUUCUUCGAGCGCCAGUUCUUCCUCCAGAAGACGACUGAAGAGCCCGUCUCCGUAAAGAAGACGAAAUAA